AUGACAGAUGUUCCAGCAGCAUGUAGUCAGGCUGCAUAUAAUAGGGAAAAACCACCUGAAAAUGGUCAACACUCAAUUUCUACAAUCCAUGAAGAAAUAACUGAUGGGACCAGUUCUCUAUACUGCAGAAUAGAACCCAGUCUUCAAGAAUUACCCGCAGAAGGAAACCAGGAUGAAAGUGGAAAGUUACAAGGGAACGUGCUGUUCAACUCAUCCGUGGAUGGGAAGACACCAAAUGAAAACCCAGAAGAAAACCUUUUUAUUGUUCAUAAGGCUAUCACAGAUAUUUCUCUUCAGGAAACAAGUGAUGAUGAAAUGGCAUUCAGAGAAGGACAUCAGUGGGAGAAGAUUCCGCUGAGCAGCAGUAACCAAGAAAUUAGCAUACAGGAAGAAAGAAUUAUGGAACGACCUUGGGAAGAGAGAGAAGAUGAGGCUAGAAAGAUCAAAGCUUAUGAGGCAACUGAAAUUGAAUGGUUGGGAUCUCAGAAACCUGGCCAAGUAGACAUGCUUCACUCUAAACAUGACCAGGAGCAAGAGGUUUGGGAUGAAGAAAUUAAUAAUGAUGAUGAUGAUUGCAAUGAUGAUGAAGAUGAAGUUCGGGUGAUAGAAUUUAAGAAAAAGUAUGAAGAGGGUUUUCAAUUUGAAAAGGAAGAUGAUGCAAGAGAGUACUCCCCGCUGUGCAGUCCCAGUUCCCAACCUGUGACACCCGAUGAGCAACCAACCUUAGGAAAAAAGAAUGAUAUUUCCCGAAACACUUAUUCAAGAUACAAUACAAUAUCCUAUCGGAAAAUCAGGAAGGGGAACACCAAGCAAAGAAUCGAUGAGUUUGAGUCUAUGAUGCAUUUAUAAACUAACUGGAACUGAGAAAUUAUCAUACCCACUAAAGCAACAGCUAAUUCUAUUGUCCUCA